AUGGAGCCCGCGGACCCCGCCCGGGAGGCGGCCGCCAAGCUGUCGGAGGCGGUGGGCGCGGCGCUGCGGGAGCCCCGCAGGCAGCGCCGCCUCUUGCUGGUCAUCGUGUGCGUGGCGCUGUUCCUGGACAACAUGCUGUACAUGGUCAUCGUGCCCAUCGUGCCCGACUACAUCGCCCACAUGCGCGGCGGCAGCGAAGGCCCAACCCCGACCCCGGAGGUGGAGGUGGAGGUGACGGCCUGGGCGCCCACCCUGCCGCCGCCCGUCUCGGCCAACGCCAGCGCCGCGGCCAACGGCUCGGAGCCCCCGACGGCCGCGCCGCCCGCCGGGCCCGCCCUGCGGCCCCGCUACCCGACGGAGAGCGAGGACGUGAAGAUCGGGGUGCUGUUCGCCUCCAAGGCCAUUUUGCAGCUCCUGGUGAACCCGCUCAGCGGGCCCUUCAUCGACCGCAUGAGCUACGACGUGCCGCUGCUCAUCGGCCUGGGCGUCAUGUUCGCCUCCACGGUCCUGUUCGCCUUCGCCGAGGACUACGCCACGCUGUUCGCGGCGCGCAGCCUGCAGGGCCUGGGCUCCGCCUUCGCCGACACGUCGGGCAUCGCCAUGAUCGCCGACAAGUACCCCGAGGAGCCGGAGCGCAGCCGCGCGCUGGGCGUGGCGCUGGCCUUCAUCAGCCUGGGCAGCCUGGUGGCGCCGCCCUUCGGGGGCAUCCUCUACGAGUUCGCGGGCAAGCGCGUGCCCUUCCUGGUGCUGGCGGCCGUGUCCUUGGCGGACGCGGCGGCGCUACUGGCGGUGGCCAGGCCCUUCUCGGCCGCGGCGCGCGCGAGGGCCAACCCGCCGGUGGGCACGGCCAUCCACCGCCUCAUGCUGGACCCGUACAUCGCCGUGGUGGCCGGCGCGCUCACCACCUGCAACAUCCCGCUCGCCUUCCUGGAGCCCACCAUCGCCACGUGGAUGAAGCGCACGAUGGCGGCGUCCGAGUGGGAGAUGGGCAUGGUCUGGCUGCCGGCCUUCGUGCCGCACGUGCUGGGCGUGUACCUGACGGUGCGCCUGGCGGCGCGCCACCCGCAGCUGCAGUGGCUGUACGGGGCGCUGGGGCUGGCGGUGAUCGGCGCCAGCUCGUGCGCCGUGCCCGCCUGCCGCUCCUUCGCGCCGCUCGUGGUCGCGCUCUGCGGCCUCUGCUUCGGCAUCGCGCUGGUGGACACGGCGCUGCUGCCCACGCUCGCUUUCCUCGUGGACGUGCGACACGUGUCCGUCUACGGCAGCGUCUACGCCAUCGCCGACAUCUCCUACUCUGUGGCCUACGCGCUCGGGCCCAUCGUGGCGGGCCACAUCGUGCACUCGCUGGGCUUCGGGAAGCUGAGCCUGGGCAUGGGCCUGGCCAACCUGCUCUACGCGCCCGUGCUGCUGCUGCUGCGCCGCGUGAGCCUCAUGACUCGCUCCCGCUCCGAGCGCGAGGUGCUGUUGGACGAGCCGCCGCAGGGCCUGUACGACGCGGUGCGCCUGCGGGAGUGCCCGGCGUCCGGCCCCGACGGCGCGCUCCGCAGCCCGCCCGGCCCGUUUGCCGAGUGCGAGGGCGACUACACCGACUACGCCGGCUACGGCGCCCGCAGCUAG